AUGGGGACCGGUCAGCUCUCGGAGAUUCCUGGCCGCCCACAAGGCCGAGUGUCUGUACUGACCACCGUUUGCUGCUACAACCUCUCCAAACAUGGGUUUCUCCCCCAGAGCCCUGUGUGCGGCUGGCCGCGGGGUGGUCCCACGCGGGCUGGACCCACGCGCCGCUCCUCUGGGAUGCAUGGGGCCCGGGCCGUGGCCGCUCCGGGGGCCGAGUGCUAUGGGGCUGAGCUGGGACUGGAUGCAGCCAUGUCCUCCCUGUCGGCGCUCUGGCGACCGGUCGGGCCCUCAGGCCUCGGCUCCUCGGUGUACUGCUUCACCAGAGGACAGAGCCUCUGGGGGUGGCUGGCCCUUUCUGUGCUCCUGCCUAGCUUCCUGGUCCAGGGCCUGAGCUAUCUGUGGUUCCAGGCAGACAGGCACCAAGGUCAUUGCUUGUUGCUCAUGCUACACCCACCCCUCCAGCUGGGCGUGUGGAACAAGCAGCCUCAUUUCACCUCUGGAGGGUUCAACAUCGCCAAAAAGCAUGAAGAUGGAGGGCGGCCGGCGGCGUCUUCAAGCUGCAGGCCCGUGAUGGCUGUCCUCGAUGAAGCGGGCAGCAUCUCGCUGGUCAUUUACUACAGCCUGCAGCCCCCCAGCUCCACAGACAGGUGGCAGGGCUGGUGUGGCAGGGCCUGUCUGGAGUCGUGUGCCAUCCCAAGGGGAGGUAACGCAGGCACGGAAGCCCCUCCCCGGGCCUCGGCUCCAGCUGGGGAGAAGCUGGGGAGCCUAGGCACUUGCCAGGGGGAACGUCACGAGUUCACCUGCCAGGGGAAGGCCCCUAGCCCACUGUGGGGACCCCCCGACGCUGGGCUAGAAAGCCGGACUGCUCUGGAUGAUUCUUUCCUCAGUCACCAUCACGGCUGUUGGUGUGACUUGCCCUAAAGAACAGGAAAUGUUUCUAAGAUCGACGCAGCCUUUGGAGAAGACAGUCCUGGCCACUUUCAUCUCCUGGCAUCGGGGGUGAACCAGCCCUAGCCCCAGUAAAGGACACCCCUGUUUUCCCAGCCAGAGCUCCCACUGUUACCCCAGGACCCGUCCUCAGAGAAAGGCUCUGAGUUUCAAGGUGUCCUGACCUCAGAAGCAGACAUGUUGGAAACCUCCAGUUUUGUCUCCUUUGCCAGUGACGGUCGGGACCCAGCUCCUGCCCAGAAGCAGUCCACAGGACAGAGGGAGUACAACCUGGAGGAGGGGGCCGGGGCUCUUUCUCCAGGGCGGAGCAGGAAUGCAGGUGGGCGGAGAGGAGGGGAAGGACCAGAGGGCUACACAUUGGACUUCAGUGCCAUGAGCCCUGAGCAGCUCAGAGCAUGGGGAGCAGCAGGAGCCCACACGGGGCCGGAACCUUCCUGCCACUGCUGGGACACGGAUCUCAUGGCCAAAGGCCUGGCGGCCAGCAGCGAUGACUCAGGUGGCUCCUCUCCACCCCGACCUCACACGGCACUGCUGUGCUCCCUCUUCCACUCCAUCUGA